AGGAAAUCACAGGUUAGUGUGUGAAUGCGGAAUGAAAAUGUCCUUCCAAGCCAGGAGAAAGCAAUGAAAAUGCGGAACGCUGCAACACUGAGACGUGGAACUCGAAGCUCUGUUUGUGGAUGAGUCCUGCUGAUCUCCAGUCAGUGUCACGUCCAGCCUAGAGGCCAGAACUGAGCUCCGGGAUACGUUUGGAGCGACUCGGAUGUGAAAGCAUCUGCAGGAGGGAGGGGCGGAGCUGAGAUGUCAUUCAGAAGUGCCGAGGGCAUGUCCAUCAUGCAGGCCUUAGCCAUGACCGUGGCUGAGAUCCCUGUGUUCCUGUAUUCUACCUUUGGACAGUCUAUUUUCUCUCAGCUGAAGCUGAGUCCUAGUCUGAAGAAGGUGCUGUUCGCCACGGCACUGGGCAGCGUCGCUCUGGCACUGACCGCACAUCAGUUAAAGAGGCGGGGCAGGAAGAGGAAGCAGGUGGCCAGUAAAGAAGCACAGAAACCUGUGGGCAUCCCAGAACAGCUGCUCCGAACCAGCCGGCCGGCCUCGCUCAAGAGAGGUCCGGUUCCAGGGCGGCAGAUGAUGAGUCCCAGCACCCGCAGUAAUGACACGUUCAGCGGCGUCUCGUCUCUCGCACAAAGCAAACACUCCAGCUCUUCGCACAGCAUCGCCUCUAUGCGAGUCCCCUCCUCUCCCAACCAAUCAGUAAACACUGGGAUGCCGUGGGAGGCGGAGCCAGUGGCGGAGGAGGCGGGAGUUGGAGAGGAUGCCAAUGCUGAGAACCUGUAUCUCAUGGGUAUGGAGCUUUUUGAGGAAGCUCUUCGGAAGUGGGAACUGGCUUUAAACAUCAGACACAAAGCUCACUCCGGUGCAUCGGGCUCUAGCAGUCUCGCCCCGCAAGGAUCAGAACUCGUUGAGCGUCAUUCGCCUGAACUUCAGAAUCAUCAGUUUGCGGAGAAGCUGGAAUCUCUGCUGCACCGAGCCUACCAUCUACAGGAAGACUUCGGCAGCACCAUCCCUCCUGACAGCCUGCUCGCUGAUCUGGAGAGUGAAGGAACGCUGAUUCUGCCCACAGUGGGAAGCUCUUAUCCAAUCCAAGACGACGAUGCCACGACAGUCACGUCGGACGACUCGUUUUUCUCCGCCGCUGAGUUGUUUGAGACGUUCUCACUAGAGGACACGUAUCAUCCGCUGAAGCCGGCAGCUCUGUACGAAGAAGCCCUGAGUUUAGUGAGAGAUGGAGACGUGGCCUGCAGAUCACUGAGAACUGAACUCCUGGAGUGUUACAGCGAUCAGGACUUCCUUGCCAAACUGCACUGCGUUCGACAGGCCUUCCAGGUGCUGCUGCUGGAUGAGAGACACAGAAUAUUCUUCAUGGAAACAGGGAAGCGGAUGAUAUCUGGACUCCUGGCCAAAGCCAACAAGAGUCCAAAGGCGUUUCUGGAGAGUUAUGAUGACAUGUUGCAGUACACGCAGAAAGAGGAGACGUGGCCGGUCACCAAGAUGGAGCUGGAAGGACGAGGGGUGGUCUGUAUGAACUUCUUUGACAUUGUGCUGGACUUUAUCCUGAUGGAUGCGUUUGAAGAUCUGGAAAGUCCUCCGUCUUCAGUGGUCGCGGUUCUGAGGAACCGAUGGCUCUCGGAUAGUUUCAAGGAGACGGCAUUGGCUACAGCCUGUUGGUCUGUCUUAAAAGCCAAAAGGAGACUGCUAAUGGUCCCUGACGGUUUCAUUGCCCAUUUCUAUGCCAUCUCCGAACAUGUGAGUCCAGUAUUGGCUUUCGGGUUUCUGGGCCCCCGACAGCACCUCAGUGAGGUGUGCACCAUAUUCAAGCAACAGAUCGUGCAGUAUCUGAAGGACAUGUUUGACCAUGAUAAGGUGCGUUUCACAUCCGUCCCGUCUCUGGCCGAAGACAUCCUCAGUCUGUCCCACAGACGGGCGGAUAUCCUAGUGGGUUACCUGGGCAUUGACAGUCUACCUGAGACCAAUGGAGCUCUACCCAAGAGCCCUUGCCAAGACAACAGCGGUCAUCCGGACGUCAGUGGACAGCAAGACUGAGGUGCAGAAUGCUUGAUGACCUAAUCUAGUUUUAAAAAAGCCCAGGUCUCAUUUAGCUAUUCGUCACCGCCGACCAAUCAGCAUGACUGUAAAGAGUUCACAGAACUGCAUUCGCUUAAAUGGCGUUACAGCUACAGUCCCACUUCAUCCAAUAUUUAGAGAGACUGACUCAUCUGAGGUCUUUUCUUGAUUGGCUUCUGCAAAUUUGCGUUUGCCACUGAAAAAAAUCCAGUGCUGCUAUCUAGACACCUGAAUUUUAUGAACCGGGAUUUGCCCAGAUUGACGAAUGCUUUGGAAAUGGAUUCUUUCUGAAACCACUGAGGAACUCGCCAUGAUCUGAAGGAACUGAAUAAAAACCAAACUUGGUUUUAGCCAAACGUUCAGCCUCGUUUUGAGUUGCAGCUCUUCUGAAUCGAACCCACAUGCCUCUUUCGUCAAAAAACUAGCUUUUGUUUGUUUUACAGGCCGUUAGUGUGUUGUUGAGCGUUUAUUUUUUGUGCCAAUGGCCAAAUAAAGUCUUGCACUGAACACAAUGAAGAGGGAGAAUCAAGACAGAUUUAUGAACUUUAGUGUAAAUCUAUCAGCACAUUUUAGAUGUGAAGGCAGUUUAAGAGAUUUCAAAGAGAGACUCACACAGGAAGUGCGUCAUUAAAACAGGAUGUAGCGGUCCAGAUCACAUUAACUGAGCUCAAUUGUGUCCUCUGAGAGUUGCUGUAGCCCUUGUGGUUUGUGCUGUUGGUUUAUUCUCACCCUCACAAUAUAUCAGUUACAGUGUUCAUCAGAGCGUAAUCCUCGGAUAUUUAAGUCAAUGAAAUGUAGUUGUUGGUGUGUUAUAUUUUCUGUCAUCAUAUGUCAUUCUUGAUUUAAACACCUUGUUUUGUUCAUCAAUAUUCAGGCGUGCUCAUGGACUAAAAUGGCUGAUUAUCUACUAUUCUAUUAUAUAGAUAUUCAUUAUGUAUUAUAAAUUUAAUACAUUAGUGGUAUUGGGUCAAAUAUGUCACAAAUGUAGAGCCGUCACUAUUAGGUGAGUAGGAAUGAUCAACUUCAUAUAUGUGGCAAAUAAAUGUGCUUUAUUUUUUUUUUUAGUGAGUUCAAACCUUCAAGCUCUGGUUCCUAAACACUAUGAACUGCAUCUGUGCCAUUACGAUAAUUUCAACCACUACUUGAUUUUGUGAAUAUAAACAAAAAGAUGCGUUUACAUAUUGUGCGUAUACACAUUUGAAAUAUAUGCUAAAGUGGAUUUUUUGUUUGUUUUUGAGGGACAUAUACUAUUUAAUUGUUUAUGUUUUUAUAUAUAUAUAUAUAUAUAUAUAUAUAUGCAUAUGCAUAUGUGUGUGUAUAUAAACAUAAACAAUUAAAUAGUAAACCUAAACAAUGGCACAGAUGCUGUCGAUUAGUUCAAAAACAAACAACAAAACACAUUUGCUAGCGUCCUGCAGGUCUUUUGAUUGGUCUGUUAUAUGGUAAUAAAUUUUACCUGCAAUAACGUAUAAUAUAGUCAAGCAAAACGUGUUAAUUAAAGUUCUAAUAAUUUUAGAAAAUAAGGCCAGUUCUGGUCAUUUUAAACAGAAUACUCAUGAAAUGUCUAAAACAAUCCUCAAAGUCACUGAGCCUUGACAAAACUUGACCAUGUUCCUUAAAGGAUUAGUUCACUUCAGAAUUAAAAUUUCCUGAUAAUUUACUCACCCCCAUGUCAUCCAAGAUGUUUAUGUCUUUCUUUCUUCAGUCAAAAAGAAAUGAAGGUUUUUGAGGAAAACAUUCCAGGAUUUUUCUCCAUAUAGCGGACUUCACUGGGGUUCAACGGGUUGAAGGUCCAAAUGUCAGUUUCAGUGCAGCUUCAAAGAGCUCUACAUGAUCCCAGACGAGGAAUAAGGGUCUUAUCUAGAGAAACGAUUGGUCAUUUUCUAAAAAAAAAUAAAAAUGAUAUACUUUUUAACCACAAAUGCUCAUCUUGCACUGCUCUGCGAUGCGCCAUGCAUUACAUAAUCAUGUUGGAAAGAUCACACGUGACAGAGGCGGAAGUACCGCGGUAGGGCGAAAAACUCCAUCUCAUUUUCUCUUCCAACUUCAAAAUCGUCCGGCAUCAUUGAUUUACCUUUUUUUUUUUUUUUUUUUUUUGGUAAAGACCGUUUGACUUAGUCUUCGCACGUUUGCUUUGUAGACACUUGCUCAGUACUUCCGCCUACGUCACGCGUGACCUUUCCAACAUGAUUAUGUAAUGCGUGGCGCAUCACAGAACUAGUUCAAGAUGAGAAUUUGUGGUUAAAAUGUAUAAAAUUUUUAUAUUUUUUUUAGAAAAUGGCUGAUGGUUUCUCUAGAUAAGACCCUUAUUCCUCGUCUGGGAUCAUGUAGAGCUCUUUGAAGCUGCACUGAAACUGACAUUUGGACCUUCAACCCGUUGAACCCCAGUGAAGUCCACUAUAUGGAGAAAAAUCCUGGAAUGUUUUCCUUCUUUUCGACUGAAGAAAGAAAGACAUGAACAUCUUGAAUGACAUGGGGGUGAGUAAAUGAUCAGGAAAUUUGAAUUCUGAAGUGAACUAAUCCUUUAAUUGUGCACAGGAGGCAUUUGAGAAAUUAGAUAUUAGAAUCAUUAUAGUGUUUCUUUUGUCCUCGUAUUGACUAUUUAAAACUGGCCUCGCCAGUGUUGGGUGUAUUGCACUUUAUUUGUUAAAAAAAAGAGAGAUACAGAUGUCCAUUUUCUUUGUUUUUAUCAAAAUAUACAGUGGUUAACUACCUUAUAUGUAGAGUAUUUUUUAAUUUUUUUCUGUUUUGCUAUUGAAUUUAAUCUUGUUGGACAGAUGUAUAAUUUAUAUGAACUGAAAUGAAAAGGUAUUUAAAACGUGAAUGGAUAUGGGUUUUUCUCAUUUAAAAAUCGGUAAAAGACCUUGUUUCUAUAUAGUAUAAAAGAAGACGUUGAAUGACAUACUUGAGCUUGAGCAACAGUCAGAAUCAAGGUUAUGAGUGUUGUCUUGUGCCUCUGUUUUGAUUGAUAUAUUCUUCUUUGUCUUUAUGAAAAACACACUUUUAGAUCUCUGCACUGCUUAAAUUAAAAUCGUACUUUUUUGUGAUUCAAAACCAUUUCCACCAACUUAGAUGCAAAGAUAUAAUUCUUAAUAAACUUGCCAAACACAUCUUUAUUCCUCUGAUCGAUAUUAAUUAUUGUUAAUUGGAUAACCAAGAUUGUGCACCUGAAAUUUCACUUAAAUCAUAAACAGGUUUUUCUAGAAAAACCGAAGGUUAAUUUUUAUUUUUAGUGUUCUAAUGUGUUUAAAAUAGACAGGCCAGACUGAAGGUAUAAGUGAGGUUGUAAAUGUUCAUAUCAUUCCAAGGGGUUUCAGUGAAUAAACUUUCCAACACGCUGUUUAAUCUGCUGCAUGAGUUUUGGGAGAAGACAUCAUGAAAUAAUGUUUUGACCUGUGCUGCUAUAUUGCUAUUCUUUUUACUUUUUAAAGCUCUGAAGCAGUCACUUGUGUCCCAUUUUGGAAGCAUUGGUCCUUCUAAAGAUUAUUGAUAUUUGAUGUAAUUAUUAAAGAUUCACCAGUGUGCUAAAAGAGUUACUGACUGACAGUAACCGAUUUUUAUAUUAGUUCCUGAAUGCUCAAAUAGAUGUGCCGUUUCUCAUAAUAACCGAAUCAAAACAAAGCACCAAGUAGAAGAAAGAUAAAGGUGUCUAUAUGGAAUUGUAUGGGAAUGUUUUCAUUGAACGGAGUUGUUAUUUCACUCCACAGCUGCUGUACCCAGAUAAUUCACUGUCUAAAAUGUUAGAAAUGUGUCUAAUGAUGGCCAAAGAGGACGAACCGGGGUGGUGGAAACAACUUUGAAAGUCUUUAUUUCUUUGAAACUUUUUGGUGUGUGUAUUUGUGUUCUUCAAAUGCCUUUUUGUUCUUACAAAUUAAUGACGUUUCAAUCAUUGUAUUGGUUUACUGUGUCAUUUUUGCCUUCCCUAGCCAACAUAAAGUCUUUCUUUUUUUC